CUGAGCUUGUUCUCCCGCUGGUCGUCGUCGUGGUCUUUCUCCGCCUUGCGUUCCACCGUCAUUUCUGCAUCCUUUGCGGUGCAAAGACGGUCAACGCCAGCCAUGUGCUCCCAUCCCCUUCUCGAUCGGCUGAUGACGCACCUCCGCUCCCUCUCCGUGCCUCGUCUGCUCCUCACCAUUCUCUUGUCCCAUCUCCUCAUUACACGUCUGCUCUUGAGGCGCCUCCUUCCUUUUAUCGCCCAACGACUCAUCAACCGCUCCGUACUUACAAUCACAAAUGCAACCAUCACAGAUCCUCAAAAGGACAGGCUUGUCAUGUGCAUGAAAGGUCGCGUGGAGAAUGCAGGACCAUUGCCCGCUAAAAUCGAAUUCUUGGGCCCCGUCAAGUUAUGUGUGGACGAUGACAGAUCAUUGGGUGCGGGAAAACGCCGAGUGGUGGUAGAAGGCGGAAGGCGGCUGGUGAUUAUUGGUGAAGCAGAUGGGAUGCCAGCCAUCUCAACAUCAACAAGCGGGUCUGCUGACAUUGACGCCAAAGUUACAGUGCGCAUCCUGGACACGCAAGCUUUUGCCGCAUUUGCAAAAACAAUGAUGGAAUCCACAAAGUUUUCGUUAACUCUGCUUGCCACUGAUAUCAAAGUGGUUUCUUUCAACCUUCCCAUCUAUUCGACCAAGCUCCUCAAGACGGUCACCCUCAAAGGUUUGCAAAAUCUGAAUCAGAUUCAGAUCCUGAAGGCUGUCACGACGGGGGGAACACCGACCCACAUCACGCUCAGCACCACAUGCGAGAUUUACAAUCUAUCAGACAUCACACUCUCCGUAGGAACUGUGACUCUCGCUCUCUAUCACGAAGACAUUUACCAAGUGGGCACCGUCGAAAUGAACAAUCUCACGCUCCAACCAGGCACAAAUAGGAUAACCGCCACAGCUGCAUAUUCGCCUCAGACAACACCUGCAACUCAGUCUGGCCGAAAGCUGUUGGCAUCUUACGUCACAAACACUCCAGCCACUGUAACGAUCCGUGGUACGCAAACGUCAACGCCUAUAUCGUAUCUUCGCCCUGCUCUUCAGUCGCUAAGUGUUACCACAAUAUUACCACCGGAGUCGCGCAAAAUGAUAGAAAAGACGCAACUCGUUAUCGACCCGUUUCGUCUGACAACUAGGUUGCAGUCGGCUACCAAACUCGUCCUGUUCAAUCCGAUGCUUGCGCCUGUGACAAUAUUGUGGAUGAAGGGUACUGUAACUUGUCGAGGGGAAGUGGUGGGCAAUUUAGAUGAGGAUUUGCAGAGCAGGAAUGAAAUGGUUGUAUUAGCUCCAGAGACCAGUGUACAAACUGGGAUCAUGGGUAUGCGACUGAGAAUAGCACCAGGGGCUUUGGGUGCCAUUCUGACGGCUGCGAUCGCCGAGGGUCGAGGGGAUGGCCAGACACAGACUCCCAAUCAAGAUGGUGGCAUCAAGCUCUUUGAGGUGGACGUUGAAAGUACCAUCGGCUGUCGGGUCGGACAGUAUGAGGUGGUGAUUGAUUACAGACAGGAAGGCGUACCUGUUGGGUUGGGCGGGUGAUCACCGACCUCGUUUUUGCAUGGACACUGUACCUGCUCUACUAUGUCUCUUUACUGGCACCUGCUCUACCUUCAUUUGUCUGGCAUCACACCUUGAGGGAGUCUUGCGUUUUAAUUUUUCUGUGGAGAAUAAUCAUUUUGGCUAUUAGCAGACCAAAAAUUAAGUAUUUCCUGUUACAUUUACCUUUUUUAAAAACAUAUUUUGGAUGGAUUAUACAAUAGUACAGCAAACUUGUGAGAUCCUUC